AUGUUCUCCAAGUAUGAUUUUAUAAAGGAUAUAAAUCCUACCAAGGAAGACUGGGGGAUUAAAGUUAGGAUGAUUAGGUGUUGGAAGGUUCCCAAUUUUCACAGGAAGAAUUUUGAUGAUAAUGUGGACAUGAUUCUGAUGGAUGAACAUGGUGGAAAAAUACAUGCCACUGUUAAAGGAACUUUGCAGGUCCGCAAAAAAAUUCGAGAAGGAGAUGUUUAUUUCGUGAAAAAUUUUGGAGUUGGAUUGAACGCCGAUAUGUUCAGGCCGACUGGGCAUGAAUAUCGUCUGUCUUUCAACUUGAGAACUGAUGUGAAAUCCACGUUUGAUGCUUCUAUUCCUGACGACGGUUUUGAUUUUGUUGAUUUUGAGCUUAUUGAGAAGGAAGCACCCAACUCUCCUUAUUUAGUAGGUGUUGUUGGUUUACUCACAAGAGUUGGGGAUGUUGUUGAGCAUGUUGUCUCCGGUAGGAAGACCAAAAUGAUUGUCUUAGAACUUGGCAACCUCAUGUAUUAA